AUGACCGCUACGACCCCAGACAAUCCUAAUUUCCAGCCUUGUGUUGUUGAAUCUCCCAGAUUCCAAAAUCUUUUGCAACGAGUUGUUGAUGAGAAUGAUCGCCGUACUUUGAUCGAUAUGGUGAACGAUGCUGAAUUGUUAGCUUGGGAGCAGUCGAGAGUUUGGCUAGCUAAGAAGCAAGCUCCGUUCAGUCAUAUACUCAAAUCGAGUGGGUCAACUGGACCGAAUAUGACACUUAAAGCUGAGGAAAUUGCUAGAGUCGACCAAGAGAUGGCAAAGUUGAUACGGGAAUACGUUCAGAAGACCGAGUCGAUUGACCCAAAGGCUUAUCCCACAAUGGCCAUUUCGGAUGAUCGCAAAAUCGAUGCUCGUCGUCCUGAAAUCGAUCAAGAACUCAAGGCGGCUGAUGCUGAAUUCUCUUGCCGGCUUUUGACUUUGAUCACUGGGAUCGAAGGGUUCAACCCAGAAAUUGCUCGUACGAUCGAAGUGGGGUUUGCCAAGAUGGAUCAAAAUGUUAAGACAACCUUGGCUGAGACAAAUGCAAAGUGCACGCAACUAUUCGAGGAGAGAUUACAGACCACCAGCAUUCCUCCACCGACCAUCGAGGAGGCGAUAAAGGUUUUCAACGACGUAAGAUUAGAGGAAGUUGGUCCGUCAUCUUAG